GAGGAGCGCUGUAGUGCACGAUUACUAAUCCGUAAACCCGGGAUAACAACAGAGGCAUUCAGCAGGUCAUUGAAUUCUGCAGCGAAUCCUGAGCGAGGGGUAGUGGAACAAGCAGCACAGCAUUGAACUAUAGUGGUACCCUUAGGUCCUAACGCAAUGGUGCACCCGAGAAUAUAUUUUCCAAUUCACGUGGUACUUAUUUGUUUGCUAGAAUGGACCCAUAUAUCAGGCUUCAACCUGGAUACCUUGAAUGUCCUGAGGAAAGACGGAGAACCGGGCAGUUUAUUUGGAUUCUCUCUAGCCAUGCACCGGCAACUUAAUCCUUCAGAUAAAACAAUACUGUUGAUUGGAGCACCAAGAGCCAAAGCACUGGCUAACCAGAGAGCCAACAUAACCGGUGGCCUGUACAGUUGUGACAUCACCACCGAAUCCGAUGACUGUCACCGAAUCGAUUUUGACAAUGAAGAGGAUGUGAGAGUUGAGAACAAGGAGAACCAGUGGAUGGGGGUGACAGUUAACAGCCAGGGCCCCGGAGGGAAGAUUGUGACCUGUGCUCACCGCUAUCAGAGACGUCUGUUUGUGGACACUGCUCAGGAGUCCCGUGACAUCACAGGUCGCUGCUACAUCCUGAGUCAGGACCUCACUAUUGAUGAAUCCUCUGAUGAAGAUGGAGGGAACUGGAGGUUCUGUGAGGGGAGAGCCAGAGGCCAUGAGAGGUUUGGCUCCUGUCAGCAGGGUCUGGCUGCCACUUUCACCAAGGACUACCAUUACGUGGUGUUUGGAGCGCCUGGCGCCUACAACUGGAAAGGCAUUGUACGUGUAGAGCAAAAGAACAACACUUUGUUGGAAAGGGGAUUUUAUGAUGACGGACCUUAUGAAGUUGGAGAUGAGAACCGCUUGGAUCCUGACCUGGUGCCUGUGCCUGCUAACAGCUACUUAGGGUUUUCCAUUGAUUCUGGGCAUAGCAUCACCAAGGGGCGUGGCCUGACCAUUGUGUCUGGGGCACCGCGAGCCAAUCACUGUGGGGCUGUGGUCCUGUUGAGAAAGGAGAAUGAAGCGUCCGCAAGACUCUCCCCGGAGUACAUUCUAGAAGGGCCUGGACUUGCAUCUUCUUUUGGAUAUGAUGUAGCUGUGGUCGACCUGAAUGGAGAUGGGUGGCAGGAUAUUGUUGUGGGAGCCCCUCAGUUCUUUAUGAAAGAGAGAGACUUUGGAGGAGCUGUUUAUGUCUACAUCAACCAGGCAGGAAAGUGGGACAAGAUCACCCCAAUCCGCCUCAAUGGAACCAAAGACUCAAUGUUUGGGCUGGCAGUGGAAAACAUCGGUGACAUCAAUCAGGAUUCCUAUCAAGACAUUGCUGUUGGAGCGCCCUACGCUGAUGCCGGGGCAGGAAAAGUGUACAUUUACCACGGUUCUGCUAUUGGAAUCAACACCAAGCCGGCACAGAUCCUUGAGGGAAUGCCCAACAUCAUCAGAUUAUUUGGAUAUUCUCUGGCUGGGAACAUGGAUUUAGAUAAGAAUUCCUAUCCUGAUAUAGCUAUUGGGUCUCUCUCAGAUACUGUUCUCGUUUACCGGGCAAGGCCAAUUAUUAGCAUUCAGAAGGAUGUCAAAAUUACUCCAAAGGAAAUUGACCUCACAAAGAAAACCUGUGGCAACAGUAUCUGCUUGACCGUGGAGGCAUGUUUCACCUAUAAAGCAAACCCUGUAUCCUACAGCCCAAAACUAACUAUCCGCUACGCAUUUGAGGGUGAGGCAGAUCGCAGGAAGCAAGGGCUUCCCUCCAGGAUCCUCUUCCUCGACAAGUCUCGCACCGACCAGGACUUCCAAUCGACCGGAACUCUGGACCUCCGGGGACAAAACAAAAGAGCUUGCACCAAGACAAAAAUCAAACUGCAGGAUAACAUUAGGGACAAGCUGCAUGGUAUUCCCAUUGAGGUGUCGUUGGGAAUCCAGGGUACCAAGCGGCAGAAGAGGCAGAACGCUCUCCCCCAGCUUGUGCCUAUUCUUGACAACUCCCAGCCAAGCAAGGUCGUCACUGAGGUGAACUUCUUAAAGGAGGGAUGCGGAAAUGAUAAUAUUUGCCAGAGUAGCUUACAACUGGAGUACAGAUUCUGCUCCAAAGGGCUCAACCAAGAUAUAUUUCCCCCUUUACCUAUGGAGAAUGGGCUACCAGUGAUCUCCCUCAGUGAUCAGAAGGACAUAGCUCUGGAGGUGACAGUGAAGAACAGAAAUGGGGAUGAUGCCCAUGAGGCUAAACUGGUGGGGAUGUUCCCCAACGCUCUCUCAUACUCCGGUUUCCGCUCUCAGAAAAUGACAAGGGAUAAACCGGUUCUCUGUUUAGCCAAUCAGAAUGGCUCCCAAACAGAGUGUGAACUGGGGAAUCCAUUCAAAAGAGAUUCAGAGGUUACUUUCUACAUAAUCUUGAGCACUGCUGGUAUCUCUCUCGAUACGGCAGAAAUUAAUAUUGACCUUGAGCUUCAAACGACCAGUACACAGGACAAAAUGGGAAGAGUGAAAGCAAAGGCGAAAGUCGUGAUUGAGCUGUUACUUUCUGUUGCAGGAGUUGCGAGACCCUCCCAGGUGUAUUUUGGGGGUGAUGUGAAAGGAGAGAGUGCCAUCAAGACAGAAGAGGAGAUUGGCGGUUUGAUUGAUUAUGAAUUUAAGAUAAUCAAUUUGGGUAAGCCGUUGAAGUCCUUUGGCACAGCCUCGUUGAACAUCCAGUGGCCCAAAGAGAAUGUGGAUGGGAAAUGGCUGUUAUAUCUGGUUAAGAUCAGCAGUACUGGCCUGGAAGAGAUCCCCUGCUCCCCAGAGACUGAGAUCAACCCUCUCAAACACAUUCAGGAGUCCAGCACAUCUAGGAAAAAGCGUGAAGUUGGAGGCAAAAAAUCUGGAAGCAAAAUGACUUUAUUGGACCAAAAAAAGCACAAGAUUUUGAUGUGUGGCAAUGGCUAUGACGCUAGAUGUGUGGUGAUCAAGUGCCCUCUACAGGGCUUGGACAGUAGUGCAGUGAUUGCGCUGCGAUGCCGCCUGUGGAACGCUACCUUCCUUGAGAAUUAUGCCAAUUUGAACUAUCUUGAUAUAAUUGUGAAAGCAUCCAUCAGCCUUGAUGCUCCUGCAAAGAAUAUGGUUCUCAGGAAUGCUGAGACUCAGGUGAGAGUCACGGUGUUUCCAGAGAAGGCAGUAACCCAGUAUGGUGGAGUUCCCUGGUGGAUCAUCCUUGUGGCUGUCCUGGCUGGUAUUCUGAUGUUGGCAUUGCUAGUGUUUCUACUCUGGAAGUGUGGAUUUUUCAAACGUUCUGAACACGAUGACAGCGUUCCAAUAUACCAUGCUGUACGGAUAAGGAAAGGGGCUCGUCAGUUCAAAGACAGGAAAGCCAAGCUGCAUUCCUUUGAGAAAAAGCAGUGGGUGACACGCUGGAAUGAGAAUGAGAACUACUCAUAAGACACUUGACUGUUGGGAUGCUGUCAGAGACAAGAAUCUCCCAUUUUUUUCUAAACAUCCCAGUGUCACGAACCCAUUGAUCUUAGUUAUUUAUUGUGUACAGUCUAAACUCAAUUGACUGCAUUUGUGAAGCAAACUCCAAAAUAAACUGUGUCCUAUCAUGAGGAAAUGAGAAGCAUCAUAUCUUACAAUUCAUUUUCUCUGAAUUGGGACUUUUUAAAUGAAUUAUCUGCCAUUGAUCAUUUAAUUUUUUUUUUUAGCAUAAACAGUUUCAAUCCAAUGUUUACCUGAAGAGAAUCUUUUUUUUGCAGUCACUUUUGUCUAAUGUACUGUAUAGACUGGAACAUUUUGUAUGUUUGUAUAUAUUUAAAUACUUUAGCACACUGUAUAUUUAUUUUAGUCAUUAUUUAAACAUUUUAAAAAAUGCAUUGGCCAAAAACUUUUUUAAUUUUUUUAAAUCUAAAAGUUACUUUUCAGUAAGGGCAAAUGUUACGGAUGAUUUUUCUAGUGCUACACAGACUAAAAAGUAGCUACAGGUAUUAGGCAAACAAUAUUGUCAUUGGGACUCAUUUCUUUGCACUUGCUUUGAUCAUAAAAAAGGUCAUUCAAUACACGCUAUUAGAUAUAAAUCAGUUAAGAGUUUUGAGUUAGAACUAUGAUUAACACCAUGCCUUUGUUUGUCCCCCUGUACUGGGAUAUGCUUCAGUUAAUAGCAAUGCAGCUGGGACAACUGGAGCCAACAAGCAAUAAAAUGCUAAUUAUUGUUUAGCUAAUUGUAUUUGAAGGAUGUGUGGGUCUUUGAAGAUGACACAAUAUACGCACCAAAAUGCAGAUUUGAGAAAUAUUGUGAUCUUGUUGAUGAAUAACCUGCAUCGUUGUUCACUUGUAGUUAUGGCCAGGUCCAGGUGAUGGAGUUUGGACACUCCAAAUUGGUUGUUCACACAUAAUAGGUUCACUGUGAUAAGAGGUGCAACCAAACUAUCAUUGUUCACAUUUAAAUCUAAAUGUAUGUUUUAUGUGAUUGCCUCUGUAUCAGAUUUCAUUAUAUGGAAUCUAUUCAAAGGGAUAUUGCUAUGGAAUGGUGAUCAAUGAGAAAAAUUUAGUAGCCCUACCUAAAAAAAGGGGGGAAAUUAUGUAAAUCAUUGGCUAUUCAUUCCUCAAUUCAGAUGUUUUGAAUAC